AUGGCUACUCCAUUUGGUGUUGACUUCGGUAACGACAAUACCGUCAUUGCCUGUGCAAGAAACAGAGGUAUCGACAUCAUCGUGAAUGAGGUCUCCAACCGUUCUACUCCUUCCUUGGUCGGUUUUGGCCAGAGGAACAGAUUUAUCGGCGAGACCGGUAAGAACCAACAGACUUCCAACUUGAAAAACACUGUUGGAAACUUAAAGAGAAUCUUGGGUAUGAACUACAAAGACCCAGACUUUGACAUUGAGUCCAAGUACUUCUCGUGCGGUUUGGGUGAGAACGAGCUUGGCCAGAUCAACGCCAAGGUGAGAUUUUUGAAUGAGCCUCAGGAGUUCACCUCCACCCAAUUGGCGGCCAUGUUCUUGAAUAAAAUCAAGGACAUCACUGCCAAGGAGACCAAAGGCAACAUUGUCGACAUUUGUCUUUCAGUGCCCGUGUGGUACACUGAGAAGCAGAGACGUGCAGCUUCUGAUGCUUGUAAGAUUGCUGGUUUGAACCCAGUAAGAAUUGUCAACGAGGUCACUGCUGCUGCCGUCGGGUACGGUGUUUUCAAGCAGAAUGAGUUGCCUGAGGACAAGCCAAAAAAUGUUGCAUUUGUUGAUAUUGGCCACUCGUCUUUCCAGGUUUCUAUUGCUGCCGUGAAGAAAGGUGAGUUGAAAAUUUUGGGUUCUGCUUACGAUAAGCACUUUGGUGGAAGAGACUUCGAUCGUGCCAUCACAGAGCACUUUGCCGACGAGUUCAAGACCAAGUACAAAAUCGACAUCAGGGAGAACCCUAAGGCCUACUACAGAGUGCUCACUGCUGCUGAGAAGUUGAAGAAGGUUUUGUCUGCUAACACUCAGGCACCAAUCAACAUCGAGUCCGUCAUGAACGACAUCGAUGUGUCUUCUUCUUUGACCAGAGAGGAUUUGGAGGAGUUCAUCAAGCCAUUGUUGGAGAGAAUCAACGUCCCAGUUGAGAUUGCUUUGAAGGAUGCUGGUCUCACCACCGAACAGAUUGACUCCAUCGAGAUCAUUGGUGGCUGCACAAGAGUGCCAUCUUUGAAGAAAAGGCUUACCGAGAUUUUCGGCAAGCCUUUGUCCACCACCUUGAACCAAGAUGAGGCCAUCGCCAGAGGUAACGCCUUCAUCUGUGCCAUGCACUCCCCUACCUUGAGAGUUAGACCUUUCAAGUUUGAGGACUUCAACCCAUACUCCGUGUCCUACUUCUGGGAUAAGGAGGAAGAGGACGACGACCAUUUGGAAGUUUUCCCAAGAGGUGGUACCUUCCCUUCCACCAAGAUCAUUACCUUGUUCAGAAAAGGUGACUUCGACGUUGAGGCCAGGUACACCAACAAGGAGGAGUUGCCAGCCGGUGUUGAGCCAUUGAUUGCCAAGUGGCAUAUCAAGGGUGUGAAGCCAAACGAGGGCGAGUCCUCUAUUGCCACAAAGUUAAAGUUGAGAAACGAUCCAUCUGGUUUCUACACCAUCGAGUCUGCUCACACAGUUGAAGAGAAGAUUGUCAAGGAGUUAGUCGAGAAGGAGCCAAAGGAAGGUGAGGAGGAAGAGGAAGAGUCCGAGCCAGAGUACAGAGAGGUCAAGAAGGUCGUCAAGAAGGAUGACUUGGUCUUGGAGAUGCAGUCUUCUGCUUUGACUGAGGAGCAAAGAGCUACAUUUUUCGAGAAAGAGAAUGCCUUGGUGGUUGCCGACAAGUUGGUUGCUGACACUGAAGACAGAAAGAACGCCUUGGAGGAGUACAUCUACGAGUUGCGUGGCAAGUUGGAGGACCAGUACAAGGAUUUCGCUUCUGACGAUGAGAAGGCCAAGUUGUCCGAUAUGUUGAUGAAGGCCGAAGACUGGUUGUAUGAUGAAGGUUAUGACUCGACCAAGGCUAAGUACAUUGCCAAGUACGAGGAGUUGGCUUCGCUUGGUAACCUUAUUAGAGGCCGUUACAUGGCCAAGGAGGAGGAGAAGAAGCAGGCCAUCAGACAGAAGCAGGAGGCUGAGCAGAUGGCUGCCAUGGCUGAGAAGAUGGCUGCUCAGAGAGAGUCCACCAAGGGUUCCGAAGAGAACAAGGAGGAAGAAAAGAAGGAUGAAAAGAAGGGCGACGAGAUGGACCUCGACUAA